UAUAAUUCUUACUUGUAGAAAGUUAGCUAGAAUUAUGUAGCAAAUCUUUCUAAUCUCCAGAGAUAUUUUGGGCCAAUGUCAGGGUGCUGCGAAAUCACCUGCCAUGAAUUGUUCUAGAACAACUGCCAUGUACAGGACAGACCUCCACAAAGAAGAAUUACCCAGCUCAAAACUCUAAAGUGCUCAAGUUGUGAAACCUUGUUCCAGAGAGAGGAAAUGAAAAUCACUGAGCACAAGUAUUUGUCGUGUGUGGUUUGGUGUACCUAAUGCACCGCCUGUGUAAAUGUGAAAGUGUUAAGUCAGAAGCCAGAGUCUUCCAACUGGGAAGUCUUGAGUGUGUGGAGGCGAUGUUUCACCUGUACAAAUUAGGAUCACUGCUGAAAGAUGAAUGUUCUAAAAGAGUAACUUUCUUCUUAAUUUGUGUCUUUUCACAGAAAUCUUGGUUGCAAUUUACUCACAGAAGUGAGUUUUGGCACAUUUCAGGCAUGGCAUGGAAUGCAUUUUUUGCAUGUGAUAAAUCUUGAUCAGAAUCCAUUGACAACUGUCGAAGAUCCCUAUCUUUUUAAUUUGCCAGCAUUAAAAUAUCUAGACCUCGGAAGAACACUGGUGUCAAUCAGCACAGUUGAGAACAUCCUCAUGAAGUCUCUCGAACUGGAAAAACUGAUCUUACCGAACUCCAUGGCCUGCUGCCUCUGCCAAUUUAAAAAGGAUAUUGAGGCUGUCUGCAAGACAGUCAAGCUGCACUGUUGCAGUGAGUGUCUGACAAACACUCAAUCUUGUGUACCAGAACCAACGACGGGGAAUCCCAAAGCGGAAUUCCUGAAGAUACUGCAGGCCCGGAAGAGGAACACUAGCACGAAAUUAAUUAUUGAAACAGAGAGUUCAAAGAAACAUAAGUUUGGCAUUCUAGACUCUACAAUUAUCAGGACUCUGCAGAUGGACUGUGCGGACCCCCAGGUGCAGCUGUCCUGUGCCAAGCUCAUCUCCAGAACGGGCUUCCUCAUGAAGCUCCUCAGUGAGCAGCAGCAAGUGAAGGCCAAGGCAGAAUGGGACACAGACCGCUGGAAAGAAGAGGACUACAUCAGCGAGAGCCCAGGAGGCCAGACUGAUGCAGGAAUGAUCGAGCCAAGUGAGCUCAAAGAAGUCCCAAGAUACAAAAUACUCAUCAUGGCAAUAUCUGUCACUGUGGCAGUGAUAAUAUUAAUAACGGGAGCCUGUCUCGUUGGGAUUUACUCUCACAGGGCAAGAGCCGACGCCGAGGAGGAGGACAUAGGAAAAGGUCUAAGUGCUUUGGAUUCUGACACGAGGAUAACAGCUUUAUUGCGGCGGCAGGCUGAUAUUGAGAGCCGUGCCCGCCGAUUACAAAAGCGCUUACAGGUUGUACAAGCCAAGCAGGUGGAGAGGCAUUUGCAGCACCAGCUGGGUGGAUUUUUGGAGAAGACUUUGAGCAAAUUGCCAAACUUGGAAUCCUUGAGACCCAGGAACCAAUUGAUGUUGACUCGAAAGGCUGAAGCUGCCUUGAGAAAAGCUGCCAAUGAGACUACCACUUCAGAAGGACUUAACAACUUCUUGAAAAGUGACUCAAUUUCAGAAGAAUUGGAAAGAUUUACAGCUAGUGGCAUAUCCAACUUGAGGUGCAGUGAACAAGCCUUUGAUUCUGAUGUCACUGACAGUAGUUCAGGAGGGGAGUCUGACAUAGAAGAGGAAGAACUGACCAGAGCGGAUCCUGAGCAGCGUCACGUGCCCCUGAGACGCAGGUCAGAAUGGAGAUGGGCAGCAGAUCGUGCAGCAAUCGUCAGCCGCUGGAACUGGCUUCAGGCUCAUGUUUCCGACUUGGAAUAUCGAAUUCGGCAGCAAACAGAUAUUUACAAACAGAUACGUGCUAAUAAGGGGUUGAUAGUUCUUGGGGAGGCACCUUCGCCUGAGCAUACAACAGCAGACUUACUUCUUAGCUCUGAGGUGAAGACAGAUCCCGGGACUGACAAGUUGGUUGACUCUCAGCCACUAGAAGCCCAUGGUGCCUCUGCUGUUGGUCAUAUUUCAGAAUCAUCUACCAAGCCAUGUGGUACACUGAGACCUGUCAAUGGAGUUAUUAACACUCUUCAGCCUGUCUUGGCAGACCACUUACCAGGUGAGAGUUCUGAUGCUGAGGAACAAUUACAUAAAAAGCAGCGACUCAAUCUGGUUUCUUCAUCAUCGGAUGGCACCUGUGUGGCAGCUCGAACACGUCCUGUACUGAGCUGUAAGAAACGGAGGCUUGUUCGACCUAGCAGCAUUGUUCCUCUGUCCAAGAAGGUUCACCGAAACAACACACUCCGUUCUGGCUGUGAUGUGAAUCCCUUCUGUGCACUGUGUGGUUCAGGCAGUGUCACCAUCGUGCCUCCUGAAAUCCACUACGAAGCCCCUCUGUUGGAACGUCUUUCCCAGUUGGACGCUUGUGUUCAUCCUGUUCUAGCAUUUCCAGAUGAUGUUCCCACGAGCCUGCACUUCCAGAGCAUGCUGAAAUCUCAGUGGCAUAACAAGCCUUUUGACAAAAUCAAACCUCCCAAAAAGUUUUCACUUAAGCACAGAGCACCAGUGCCAGGCAGUCUGCCAGAUCCAGCUCGUAAAGACAGGCACAAGUUGGUCAACUCCUUCCUGACAACUGCCAAGCUGUCCCAUCACCAAACCCGGCCUGACAGGACCCACAGGCAGCACUUAGACGAUAUGGGGGCCGUGCCCGUGGUGGAGCGAGUGACUGCACCAAAAGCAGAGCGCUUGCUCAACCCACCGCUACCUGUGCAUGACCCAAACCACAGCAAAAUGAGAUUGCGAGACCAUUCAUCUGAGAGAAGUGAAGUGUUGAAGCAUCACACAGAUAUUAGCAGUUCAAGCUACUUGGCAGCUGCCCACCAUCAGCCACACAGUCCUUUGGUGCGACAACUCUCCACCUCAUCAGACUCCUCAGCACCCACCACCUCCAGUGCACAGGUUACAGCCAGCACAUCUCAGCCGGUAAGGAGGAGGAGGGGAGAGAGCUCAUUUGAUAUUAACAACAUUGUCAUCCCAAUGUCUGUUGCUGCAACAACCCGGGUAGAGAAGCUGCAAUACAAGGAAAUCCUUACUCCCAGCUGGCGGGAGGUUGAUCUUCAGUCUCUGAAGGGGAGUCCUGAUGAGGAGAAUGAGGAGAUCGAGGACCUCUCUGAUGCAGCCUUUGCCGCCCUACAUGCCAAAUGUGAGGAAAUGGAGAGGGCACGGUGGCUGUGGACUACAAGUGUACCACCCCAGCGACGUGGCAGCAGGUCUUACAGAUCAUCAGAUGGCCGGACCACCCCCCAGCUGGGCAGUGCCAACCCUUCCACCCCCCAGCCUGCCUCCCCCGAUGUCAACAGUGGCCAUUCUUUGUCAGAAUUUUCCCAUGGUCAGUCCCCCAGGAGCCCCAUUAGCCCAGAACUGCACUCAGCACCUCUCACCCCUGUGGCUCGGGACACUCUGCGACACUUAACCAAUGAAGACACCCGCUGUUCCACACCAGAGCUGGGAUUAGAUGAACAGUCUGUGCAGCCAUGGGAACGGCGGACCUUCCCCCUGGCGUACAGUCCCCUGGCAGAGUGUGAGGACCAGCCGGAUGCACAGGAACGGGCCUCCCGCUGUACUCGGCGCACCUCAGGCAGCAAGACUGGCCGGGAAGCGGAGGUGGCACCCACCUCCCCUCCCGUGGUUCCCCUCAAGAGUCGGCAUCUGGCAGCGAUGGUCACAGCUCAGCGCCCAACGCACAGAUGAGCGGGAGAUAAGCAUCUAAACAGACUACGUAACUAUUGGCAUUAAAGCUUCAGAAAUCUCUGCGUUUGAUAUUCAAACAUCAUAUGCCAGAAAUUUUCACAGUUUUUAGUGAAUUUAAAGAAAUUUAGAUCCUACUUUGAUAUUUUUUCUCUUGGUUCUGAUUUCUGUUUUCUUUUUGUUUCUAUGUUUUCUUGUCACACACCUGAGCACUUCCUCCAGUUGGCAAACAGAAUUUCAGGAUAAGACCCUGCUUGCCUGGUCCUGGGUGUAUCCUCUGCACUGUUGAAUCACUGGAUUUAUGAAGUUAGCUGAUCACCCUUCUCUGUCACCCAUGUGGUCAGAGUAGAAUGCCAAAUGCGCCGAGGGAAUGGAAAGCUCCAGUUCAGCAUGGCCUUUUUAGGUUAGGGUGGGACAGAGCAAGGCACUCUGUCUGGGCUCUUCUUGUCCCCGUCAUGAGUGGCCUAGCUCAGCUUUGGCCCGGGUCCCCAUUCCCCAUACCAUUGCCUCUUUGCCCCUGCUGCUGGUUGUGCUCAUGAGGCCUCAGCAAGCAGACAUCCCCUUGUCGCUCUGUUCCUCCACCUGUAUUCCUCAGCUGUAGUAAGCUGCUCAGGUUGCCCCUGGCCUGUCCCUUGUGCCCUUCCCUCACGGGUCCCCCUUCCACACACACCCAGUCCUUCCAUUCAGAACAUACUUACCACCUAUCCUGGGCUAUGAAGGUAGUUAGGAAUGUGUCACCUCUGACCCUGUGCCCUGCAGACUUGAGGAUUUGGGCAGUGAGUGUCCGUCUCUGCUGUGUGGUCUUGGUUUUACUCACUGAUCCACUUCGUUGUGUUUCCUUCCCUGCUUCCUGUCAGCCUCGAUGACUCCUCCUUGUUUACACACCCCCUGCCUGUGGAACAUUGUCUGAUCCUGGCUGUGGUUUCCAUCCCUCACGUCACCUUCCUUUGUUAACCUUGUGCCUGUUUCAUGUAUAAUCACAUCACCAAAGGGGGUGGGGGGAAGGACUUUUUUUUUCCUGCCAUUUUGUAAUCGUAUAAAAACAGUAGACAAACUGCUAAUGGUUGGGGUUUUUUCACAAUUUUCAACAUUAGUGGGUAUUUUUUGUUGUUUUUUUUUGUUGUUGUUGUUGUUCUGUUUGCAAGUUAAAGGGUUUGUCAUUGUUUCUUUCAAAAACAAUAAUGCACCAUAUCCCUAUGCAUAAAGUGCUUCUUCUAUUUAUAAGGUUGAAAAUUCUGAAUAACCCUUUUAGCAUUGUAAAAAAAUUGAAAAACUGUAUUUUGUAAAUAUUUUCUUUUCCUGCUUUGAGCUGUGUAAUGGCAGCGAAACAUGUAGCUGUCUUUGUUCUAUAGAAGUGCUUUUCUUCAGAGAAGCUGAUCUUUGUUAAUGUCUUGAUUCUGUUCGCAAAGCACAGACUUGUGCUUUAAAAAAAAAAAGGAAGAAAAAAUGGAAAAAAAUAAUAAAAAAAAGAGUUACAGAAUGUUGUGAGCCAGGUGUUUCUUGGCGUGUUGGGCUGAGGUAGCUGUGACUGCUGGAGCUGUGUGUGAGGCAGGCAGACUGCAUGCUAGUGUCACUGCUUGUCAC